AUGGAGCAGUCCGAGGCCGCAGAAAUCUCACACCCUUCUGACCUCGCCGAAAAGAUAAUCGAGGACCCCAACUCCAUAGGCUGGGUCGGCAAGGGCGCGAAUGCCCGCCAGAUCUUGCAGCCUGCUGAUGUGCGUAUUCCUCACCCUCACCUGGUUGCCCUGGAGCGCGAUCGCCUCGCCAACCCCAACGAGUGGCGGGCUGUUGCGGACCUCCAAUCUAAGAGACUCGAGCGCCAAGACAAAAUUGAGAAUGAGCGUCGUGAACGCAUCCAGGCUCGUCGUGAGAAGAAGCUCACAGUUGUCUCCCCCGAGGACUCGCGCUUCGACUACCGUAUCAAGGAUACUAUCUACACUACGGAGACCACCGGUACUGAUGGCCGCGGUUCUAAGGCUGUUGGUCGUCGCUACGGUGUGCCUCACCGCGACCGCACACGCGGCGAAGUCAAGAUUCCUACUCGUGUGGAGGCUUGA